AUGGCUAUACUUCCAAAAGCCUUCAUCGCCGCCAUAGUAAGGUCCAUUGUGCGUGGCAAGUCAUGGAUCAGCGUCCUCUUCACUUUCUGGUCCUCGCCCACCGUCAUCACCGCCUCCUCCAGCAGCCUAUCGCAACGGUCCAUCGACGACUUUCUCAGGGAAGCGGAAGAGCUCAUCCUGGGACCCUUCACUCACAAUGCGGACCUUCUCAAGAUGUCCAAGGGGCUCAAGAAGCAGUUCCAAACUGCGCUUACCGAUAGCGAGAUCAGCAUGUUGCCGUCUUACAGCUACCGGUUACCCAGCGGAGAGGAGAAGGGUCAGUUCCUAGCCAUCGACAUGGGCGGCACGACUCUGCGCAUCGCGCUCGUGGAGUUGAGGGGAAACGGGGUCGGUUCGUCGGAGAAGCCGUGCGAGGUUUUGCGCGCAAACAUUCUCAAGGCCGAGGAGAAGGUGAAGGAUCUAGUAGGCAUGGCCUUUUUCGAGUGGAUGGCCGAGAAUAUAUUAGACACCGUGUCUUCACACCUAGAUCGUUUGGACGCGAAGCCGUUGCCGAUAGCAGUUACCUGGAGUUUCCCCCUCGACAUACGAAACGGGAUCAUCCAUGACAUGGGCAAGGGGUUCAACGCCGCCAAUGGUCUCAUAGGGCAGGAUCUCGGUGAUGUCAUCAAGAAGGCGUGUAAGACAAAGGGUCUCGACGUCGAGUUACAAGCCAUUCUGAACGAUUCCACCGCAUGUCUCCUAUCCCAGGCCUACGUGGACCCCUCUACCCGCCUCGGCCUUAUUCUCGGCACCGGUACUAACUUGGCCGCUUUCGUCCCGGUGUCCUCGAUUCCCAUAUCCAAGUACGGAGGCCGACCUUCGUCAUGGUUUAACGACGCAAAGCAUGUCGUGGUCAACACCGAGCUGGGCAUGUACGGCAAGGAUGUCCUACCCCUGACGAGGUGGGACAUGGAGCUGAAGAAGACGCACGAGAAGCCGUGGUUUCAGCCCUUGGAGCAUCUUGUUAGCGGCAUGUAUCUUGGAGAAUGCUGCAGGAUACCACUGGUGGAAGCUAUCGAGACAACAGGGAUUCUAGGUGGUGUUGUACCAGAGGGACUCCGGAAGCCGUAUAGCCUGCGGACCGAGACGUUGGCACUCAUAGCAGCUGAUUCCACUCCCACAUUCGAAACCGCCCUCCCAGCUUUUAACACCCUCUACCCGUCCCCCACCCCGGCUACCCCCUCCGACCUCCAAGCCAUAUCCUCCCUCGCCUCCUUCAUCACCCGCCGCUCCAGCGCCAUCGUCGCCACAUCCAUCUACACCCUCUGGAAGCUCCGAAGCGAAGCCUCCCUCACCCACCGCCAAGUUCUAAACUUCCGCGACGACCACUGCACGACCAAGUACGCCCUCAAAGCCGCGAUCGAGCGGGAAGCCCGGCGCACCACGGUGUCGUUCAACGGCGCCGUCAUCGAGAGUUACCCGGGGUACCUGGACAUGUGUCAGGGGUAUCUGGACGGGUUGGUGGGUGAGGGGGGGAAGGUGGAGUUGAUGGAGGCGAGGGAUAGUUCGCUUUUGGGGGCGGCGGUUGCGGUGGCUUGUGAAGGGAGAUGA